AUGCUGAAUGUGUUUGUUCUGUUGUCUCGUUCCAGAGCGUACCCCACCGGAGUGUCGGCGGUGCGAGCGUCCGACUUGUGUCCCCGGAUCCCCGGACUGAGUCCGGCGCAGGCCCGGAUGUGCGAGGCCCGGCCGGACGUCGUGGCGGCGGUGGGCGAGGGGGCUCGCCUCGGGGUGGCCGAGUGCAGACGACAGUUCCGGAACCACCGGUGGAACUGCAGCCACAUCGGGAGCGCGAGGGUCUUUGGUCACGUGCUCGUCGUAGGUAGUCGAGAGGCGGCCUACGUGUACGGCAUCACGUCAGCCGGCGUGACGUUCGUGAUGACGCAAUCCUGCAGCCGGGGCAACGUGAGCGACUGCGGCUGCGAGCGGAGCCAGCCCCAGGGCGGAGCCGGAUGGAAGUGGGGCGGAUGCAGCGUCGACGUCCGGCAGGGAAUCCGGCUAUCCAGGAAGUUCGUCGACGCCAGGGAAGUCGAGAGGGACGCCAGGUCCCUCAUGAACCUGCACAACAACCAGGCCGGACGAAAGGCUGUGAAACACAACUUGAAGACGGAGUGCAAAUGCCACGGCGUGUCCGGCUCUUGCACCAUGAAGACCUGUUGGAAGACGCUGCCCUCUUUCGGCCAGAUCGGAGACUACCUUAUGCGGGCGUACAGGAAGUCCCGGCGAGUGGCACCCCACUGGGUGGGGCGCCGUCCCACGCACCUGCGCCCCGUCAAGGGGCGCCGCAAGGUGCGCCCCAGGGACCUCGUCUACCUGGAGGACUCUCCCAACUACUGCGAGCCGGAUCCGGAGCGGGGUUCCCUGGGUACCGCGGGCAGGGAGUGCAACCGGACUUCGCCGGACGUCGGCGGCUGCGAGGUCCUGUGCUGCGGGCGGGGUUACAACACGCACCAGUACGUGCGGACUUGGCAGUGCAACUGCAAGUUUCACUGGUGCUGCUAUGUGAACUGUGAUGCGUGCAAAGAAAGGACGGAAAACUACGUCUGCAAGUGA